CGCUCUCUCUCUCUCUCUCUCUCUCUCUCUCUAUCUCUCUCUCUUGUUCACUGUCAAUGGCGCAAACGACGCCGAAUCACACACAGACGGUCUCCGGUUGGGCAGCUCACGAUUCUUCCGGCAAGAUCACACCGUACACUUUCAAACGCAGAGAGAAUGGUCCAGACGACGUGACGAUAGAGAUUUUGUACUGUGGAAUAUGCCAUACCGAUCUUCACUAUGCCAAAAACGAGUGGGGCAUCACCAUGUAUCCUGUAGUUCCCGGGCACGAGAUGACAGGUGUGAUUUCGAAGGUGGGAAGCAACGUGAAGAAGUUCAAAAUAGGGGACAGAGUGGGAGUGGGAUGUAUAGCCGCUUCGUGUUUGAGCUGUGAGUUCUGCCAAGAUUCACAAGAGAAUUACUGUGAAAAAUUGCAGUUUACAUACAAUGGAAUCUUCUGGGAUGGGAGCAUAACUUAUGGCGGAUACUCCAAAAUGUUUGUUUCAGAUCAGAGGUACGUGGUGCACAUCCCGGAGAGCCUGCCGAUGGACGCUGCGGCGCCGUUGCUGUGCGCUGGGAUUACAGUGUUCACGCCCAUGAAAGACAUGGAUCUGAUCCACUCACCGAGGAAGAAGGUGGGAGUGGUGGGUCUUGGUGGGCUUGGCCACAUAGCUGUCAAAUUUGGGAAGGCGUUUGGCCACCAUGUGACUGUCAUCAGCACCUCCGCUUCCAAGGAGAAAGAAGCUAAAGAACGCCUUGGCGCCGACGAGUUCAUAGUCAGUAAAGAUCCUCAACAGAUGCAGAGGCACAAGAGGACGUUGGAUUUUGUGUUGGACACAGUGUCGGCACAGCAUUGUAUUGGACCAAUCUUGGAACUGCUAAAAGUGAAUGGGACAUUGUCCAUUGUGGGGGCUCCAGACAAGCCCAUUCAACUGCCCUCCUUCCCUUUAAUCUUUGGAAAAAGGACGGUGAAAGGAAGCAUUAUAGGUGGAAUACAAGAAACUCAGGAAAUGAUGGAUUUGUGUGGGAAGUACAACAUCACUAGUGAUAUUGAGGUGGUAAGGCCGGACGACAUCAACCAUGCUAUGGAACGUCUCACUAAGAACGAUGUUCGAUAUCGAUUCGUCAUUGACAUUGCCCAAAAUAAUACUAAGUUGUAAUAUCCACAACUUAUUCAAUAUUGAUGUAAGUUUAUGACCGUUUA